AUGGCUAAGGAAGAAGAAUUCAUAUACAGAAUCAGUACGGAUCAAGAAUGGGUAGAGUUUCAGAAGAAAGGAUCUUCUUUUGGUGGAGAGCUUGACAAGUCAACUGGUUUUUACCAUCUAAGCAAACUCGAUCAGGUGCAAUUUACAUUGCAGAACUUUUUCAUGAAUGCUAAGGAGGAUCUUUACCUUGUUCAAAUUGACCCUAAGAAGCUUGGAGAUGGAUUGAUCUAUGAAGCUGUAGAUGAAGUGAAUAGCUUUCCUCACUUCUAUGGUCCAGACAAAACAUUCCUACCACUUCCUCUAGAUUCUGUCGUUAAAGCCGAGAAGCUAACAUUCAUCAAUGGCAAUUUCACCUGCAGUUUCUUAACUUGA